UGUGUUUGUAUAAAGGCAGAGUAAGUCUCCAAACAGAACCCUCAGUGCAUUGUCCCUUGCUGCUGUCUGAACACUGACAAAUAAAUUCCUACAUCCAGGCAGACAGGAUAAUGCCGAGAUCUUUAAAAUCCUUAAUCAUAAUGCACCCUUUUGGGGCCAUUAUUCUGUUCUCCCUGUUCCUCACACUCUGGUUUGUAUUAAUGCCCCUAAACCCACAGCGAGAGGUCUCCCAGCUCAAGCAACAGAACACACAACUUCGGGAAAGUCACAAGAAGCUGGAGGUGAAAAUGACGGCUCUGUACGAUGAUCUGAAGAAGACUCAGGAGGAGAAGGAGAAGGAGGUGCGAGAGGUCUCCCAGCUCAAGCAACAAAACACACAACUUCGGGAAAGUCACAAGAAGCUGGAGGUGAAAAUGACGGCUCUGUACGAUGAUCUGAAGAAGACUCAGGAGGAGAAGGAGAAGGAGGUGCGAGAGGUCUCCCAGCUCAAGCAACAAAACACACAACUUCAGGAAAGUCACAAGAAGCUGGAGGUGAAAAUGACGGCUCUGUAUGAUGAUCUGAAGAAGACUCAGGAGGAGAAGGAGAAGGAGGUGGCUCGGCAGCAUGAGAACAUUCUAGAAUUGGAGAAGAGGAUGAAAGAGCUUGAACAGCUGAACCACAACCUCACCAUCAAACAACAACAACUGGAUGAUGAAAUCAAGAAAUGCCAAGAACAAUCUGACCGAUGUCACAGGGAGGAGGAGUUAAUGAAUAACAAACUGAAGGCAGCAGGAGAAGAGUUAAGGCAAUGUCGGCUGGACAGAGAUGGCUGCCAGAAACUGCAUGGCCAAGCGAGUAGAGUGCAUGGAAUCCACACUGGCUUGAUUGCUCUGUCCAUUGCGUUUUUCAAUUUACUGUGCUGAGGAUCUGUACAUGGAUGGGAUUUGCCCUUUCUACAAGAAAAGAGAAAAAAAGGAUGUGUUUUCUGUACAUUGUCUCUCCUGAGGUCGAUAUCAAUCCAACACAAGGUGGAACAAAUUUCAGAACGUGUAUCAUUGGCAUUUCCAGCUCAAAAAACAAACAACCCAGUGUCUCACUGGAAACCCAAUAUCAUACGUAGGAACCUUGUCAUAAGGAGGAGUUAAUUGGUAGAGAAAUUCAUUGGCAGACAUUAAUUAGUUUAACAAUCUUACACAGGCGAUUCUGCAAACAACUAAAUUCCAAUUGAUAGACCCAGAAAGCCCAGAGAUGAUGAUGUAGGGGGGCAAUGAUGAAAAAAUUUGUGAAACUUGUUUGUGAUCACACCAGUCUCCAUCAUUGAGCGUGAAUUAUGUCAAGGCAAAUCUCCCAGGGCUAAACUCAAAUCUGGUGCCUCUCGGGCAGUCUCUCCCAUCCCAGUGCCUGCAAGUCACAGACACACUGUCCCCAAUCAAUUGCCCAUUCUCUUGGAGACUGAUGUUUCUUGGCCAAUUCCUCCACUUUAACUCAAUUUACUGAUGGACUGACCCCUCCAGCACAGUCAGGAACAGAUAUUUUUACAUCCCCCCCCCCCCAGUGGUCACCACUUAUCUUUACCCCUUACUCACUUAACAACUCGUCAUCUAAUUUCUGUUUUGUUAGGGUUCCCAUUGACAGUGUACAAGGACCAACUUUAAAUUAAAAGCGAUUAUGAAGAGCCCAAUUACCAACGGUCACUGAAAGGGUGAAUUUAGUGUGUUCCAUUCCGGUGAUAUACACCAGCAUUAAAACACUGGCUUUGAAUGCUUGCAUUUUAAUCACUGUUCCUAGCUCCUCAGAUCACUUUGCUUUUCAUAUGUUCCAUUUGUGUGAACCGGCCAUCACAUGAACAAUUCAGGAAGGCCAACUUGCAUAGGCUCCCCCUUUCCAACACACGGAAUUUGGACCAUAGGCCUGUUGUGAGGUGGGACAGGUUGCAAUAUGUUUAAGAAUGGGCUAGGAUCACUAUUCCUCAUCAGAAGUGAUCAUUCAGCCACUUAAACUAUUCAACGGAUUAAAAUAAUGGUGUUUGGAUUGAUAACGAAAACCCUACAAAAUGCUGGCAGGGUCUCGGAAACUGGCUAUCUAUUGCUGGAUCACCAGGAAAUACAGAUUCAUCUUGUGGACUAUGGAGUAUGUUAAACACUGGGAAAUAAAUCGUACAGCAUUAAAAAAAAAGUGUGCUUUUAUUAUUUUGCUUCAGCAUUAGCUUGUUAGUUAUAAAAUAAAGAGAAAUAAUUAUAAAAAUAAAAAUCAGCUGCUUCAUCACUUGAAGGUCACAUAGUGAAUGUAUCAGUGAAUUUAUCCAACUGAAGCCAGGAAUUCUCCAGGGAUUGAGAACUGGCUCCUGGAAAAGUGAGUCCAGGACUUUUACAUCAUUGGAAAUUUCACUUUUAAAAGAAAACUGAAUUGCUUGUGUUCUUUAUUAUUGAUGGAAAACCAGAAUCAUGAAUUCAGUAUAAUUUGCAAAACAACUAUGUACUUAAAUAAUUUGUACGUUUUGUAUCUUGGAAUAAAAUAACUUCUCUGCUCUUC